AUAGCGCCACCCAUCUAUAAAUUAUUCUUGUCAAAUUACAAGGGAUCAGUAUUCUCAUAUCUGAAACGCUCGGAAUCGGAGCCUUUUGGGAUUUGAUUGUUGUCUUUCAGCCUUUUGAUGUGGUACUGAUGUGCUGAGGCAUAGAAACAACUGAAGUUCAGAAACACCGCCAUGCCGAAAAAAUUUAGAGGCGAAAACAGCAAAUCAUCUGAGGCCCGAGCUCGCAAGGCCGCAGUUGCUAAUGAAGCGAAGACACAAAAACUAAAAGCAGUAGAAGAUGCAUAUUGGGCUGAUGAUAAUAAAAGCCUUCAAAAGAAACAACAAAGAAAAGCUGAAAAAGAGAUGAAAAGAACUGAAAAUUUGAACCGAAAAAAAGAAAAGGAGGAAUUAUAUAAUGCUGAAAUGGACAGCCUUAAAUCUAAGAAAACCGAAGUAAAAAAAAAUGAAAAAUUAACGAGAGCCCAAAUAGCCGCUAACGCCGAAAUUGAACGCUUGGAAAAAGAAAGACAAAUAAACUCUCAGAAGAAAGAAAACGAUUCAGAAAAAGUUGAAGAAAAUGUUAAUAGACUGGUUGGAGACUUGGUUGCCCAGGGUGAAGUCAUUGAAGCACGAAGUGUAGAAGAUGCUAUUUCUGUUUUAUCCGUUGCAACAGAAUUAGAGCGUCACCCCGAAAGACGUAUGAAAGCAGCGUAUACUAAAUUUGAAGAAGAAAAUAUGCCUCGUUUGAAAAAAGAGAACCCAAAUUUAAGGCUGUCGCAAUUAAAGCAAAUGUUAAAGAAAGACUGGCAAAAAUGUCCAGAUAACCCCAUGAACGCGAGAUUUGUUUCUUAUAAUACAAAAUUAUCUUGAGCUUUGUACAAUAUUAGAUACUCUUGUAGUAUGUGUACCAGUUUUGUUCAUGAUCUUUUCCGAUUUUAGUUCUAUGAUGAGUUCAGAACUGUCUCACUAAUUUGGUGUUACACGUAAAUUGGAAUCAGGGAAAUAAUCCGAUUCCGGUUGAAAAGAUUUUAGGUCAUACUCAAGACUCUGGGUUGUAAAGGAUCCUACUACAGCACGGAACUUGAAUCAAAUUCUAUAACAAAUACUUUUGAGUCCGUUUUAUUUAAAGGCUAGAAUUGUUUUUGUUUGUGUGCGCUGUGAGUUUUUUUCAUGAUAAUUUAGCGUCGAACCGACAAAAAGUUUGGCAACCGCUGCUAUAGUGAAUUGACUUUACUGUACGAUUUGGCUAAAUCAUAAUGGUAAGAAUUUUAUAUGAAUCUCACACGUUUUAAGCAGGGAUUUCAAAAGCAGAUCGAAUAUUCAUAUACAAACAUAAUUGAUUAAAUUUCAUAUUUUUGUUUUGGAACAACUGAUAUCGAAUGGCCAUAGUGGUGCUUCGUCCGUUUCAUGCUUUACUUAUUUUCAUUGCAGUGUUGUUAUUAUGCCUUGAAAAUUGUUUUCAAAAUAUAUUGAUUUGAAUAAGUCA